AGUCAGUGGUUGUCAGCCAUAGAUUGGAGUCAGCACCGCAGUUUGACGUGGAUGAAGAUUGUUGAAAAUGUAUUACAAUUAAAAUUUAAAAUCAUUGUACAAUAAUAAUUUUCACAUUAUAUAAUUUGAAUGACUAUUCUUCCUUAAAAAUGAUGGAUGAGGAUCUACUCGCAACUAAUAAUAAAAAAGGUGUAAUUUCACAAGCAUGGACACGUUUAUCACAGUGCUACCAAGGAGUGGUGGAUAAGACAGUGCCUUGGCGUAUCACACGAUGGGUGGCUGCCCUGUUACUGAUUGCAGGUUUUUUGGCACGUGUUCUUAUCACCCAGGGAUGGUACAUUGUAACGUAUGCAUUGGGAAUUUAUCAUUUAAAUUUAUUUAUUGCCUUCUUGACACCAAAAAUGGAUCCAGCAAUGGAUUUUGAUGAUGAGGGUGGACCAGAAUUGCCGACAAGAGCGAACGAAGAAUUUAGGCCCUUUAUAAGAAGGUUACCAGAAUUUAAGUUUUGGUAUUCUAUCACAAAAAGUACACUUGUUGCUAUUGUUUGUACUUUUUUCGAAUGCUUCAAUAUCCCCGUGUUUUGGCCAAUUUUGGUCAUGUAUUUCCUAACACUGUUUUGUAUCACGAUGAAAAGACAAAUAAGACAUAUGAUUAAAUAUCGGUACCUGCCUUUUACCCAUGGGAAACCCAAAUAUCAAGGGCAUGAAGAUACAGGAAAAGUUAUAGGUUCAAAAUGACCUAUAAACAGUUAAAUAGGCUACUUUUAAAGAAUUUUUCUGUCUGUGGAAGUUAGAUUGAAUUUUUUAUACUACUUCAAGUGCAUUAUUUUUUUUAAAAAGCAAAUUAAAAUGAAAUUAAAGUUUGUCCUAUAUAGUAUUAUAUAUUGUAUACAAAAUGUGAUUUCAAAAUAUGUACUAUUUAUUUUAUGGUUUUGAUUUGAAGAUGGAAAAACUCAAUUGGUGGUGUUUGUUAAGUUGUAAGUUAUUCCAUUUCCUAAUAUGUAACAUACAAUAACUAAAUAAGUUUUAAUAGAUUAUUUUUUUUCAAAUCAAUUGUUAUAUUGUGAAUAUUUUAUGUUUAGGGUUAAAUAGGUAUGUACAUAAAGAUUUGUGUACAAACAACUCAAGUCAUAAUAAUAAAUUUCAAUUUGCAAACUGUA